GCCCCGGCGGGGCGGGGGCGGCCGCAGCGGGUAGCGCUGCGCUGCGCCGAGCCGGGGCUGCGCGGGCGGAGCCCAGCAGCGCCGAGUUUGCGCGGAGGAUAACGGGGGGACGCUCAAGCCGUGCCGAAGCCGAGUUGAACCACCCCGGGCUAAUCCCAAACCAUCCGAACUAGCCAAGCUGCGCGGCUAGCAGGAAGAAGCAGAAGUUCUCACCAUAUCCAGGAUACAAGCAAAACAAGAACCUGCUGCAACCUCACCACGUACUAAUAAAAAGGUCUUCCGACUUUUACGGUCGCCCUAGACUUUGACACAGGGGACUGAUGGAAACUUGUUGCUCCACACUGUUGGAUAAGAGAGAAGACAUUCAAGCAAGGGGCAACAUCUUGAUUUCUCAAGUUUCCCUCUCUCUUUGAUGGUCUUGCCUCCUGUCUCCUUGAACAGAGAGACCAAGUUUUAAAGUCAGCCCAGCCAGUGGAGCAAUUAUCCUCAUUCUUUCGGCUGAGAAAAUCCUUUCCAUGUUGUACACAACUGUGAUGAAAAGAUAAGCCCCUCUAGCCAGAGACUGAACCUGUCUAUCAGGAAAAUACCAUUUACAGCCCUGCGAUGAGUUCAGCUACGUGGUUGAGCCGGCAGCUGAGUUACGCUACCUUAUGCACGUUAAGCAGCGCUGGGUCAGUCCAUCAUCUUGUGAGACAGUGGAGGAAGCCAGAGAGUCUCCAGUUGGAUGGAUAACUAACGGCCGGCGUACCCCUGUCCGACGGAGAUAAGAGGCUGGUUAAAACCAAGGGAAUUUUUAGACUCUUCCCAAAUAUCGCCUGUCUUUUGUUUGACACAGGACUUGUCAUGUCUCCUUUUCUGCGUAUUGGUUUAUCCAACUAUGACAGUGGCCCUUACCUGCCAUCCCAGGGGGAGGUGAUUAACCCUUACUGCGCAGUGAUGGUUAAAGAAGCCGUGGAGUCAGAAAAUGGCCAAGUGUACGUGCAAAAGAAGCCCACCAUGUACCCACCCUGGAACAGCACUUUUGACGCCCAUAUCAACAACGGCAGGGUCAUGCACAUCGUUGUCAAGGACAAAAGUGCCGAAAUGGUUUCAGAGACCACAGUGGAACUCAAGGUGCUGGCGGAGAGGUGCAAAAAGAGCAAUGGGAAGACGGAGAUAUGGCUAGAACUGAAACCUCAAGGCCGAAUGCUGAUGAAUGCAAGAUACUUCCUGGAAAUAAGCGAUGCAAAGGACCUGGCUGACUGUGAGACUGAAGGCUUUUUCUCCUUGCACCAACGCAGGGGAGCCAUCAAACAGGCCAAAAUCCAUAAUGUCAAGUGUCACGAGUUCACGGCCACCUUCUUUCCACAACCCACUUUCUGCUCUGUCUGUCAUGAGUUUGUAUGGGGUCUGAAUAAACAAGGCUAUCAAUGCAGACAAUGUAAUGCUGCCAUUCAUAAGAAGUGCAUUGAUAAAGUAAUAGCCAAAUGUACAGGAUCAGCAAUCAAUAGCAGAGAAACAAUGUUUCAUAAAGAGCGCUUCAAGAUUGACAUGCCUCACCGCUUCAAAGUCUACAACUACAAGAGCCCGACUUUCUGUGAUCACUGCGGCACACUCCUCUGGGGCCUUGCACGGCAGGGACUGAAGUGUGAUGCAUGUAGCAUGAAUGUCCAUCACAAGUGCCAGACAAAAGUAGCAAACCUUUGUGGAGUUAACCAGAAGCUAAUGGCUGAAGCUCUGGCAAUGAUAGAGAGCACCCAGCAGGCUCGCUGUCAGCGUGACACUGAACAUAUCUCCAGGGAUGGACCUCUUGAAAUUGGCUUCCCCGUUCCUGUGAAGGAGGUAACACCGCUUCAGGCAUUGCCAGCAUCUACAACAGGAAAAAAAGAGCCACAGGGCAUCUCCUGGGAGACUCCGGUGGAGAGCACAACGAAGGGGGAGUCUCUAAUAGAGUCAGACUUGGGACAACAGCCCCAGGAGCAGGAAGAGCACCAAGUGCAUCUAAAACUAACCAUUGAAGAUUUUGUCCUACACAAGAUGCUGGGAAAGGGCAGUUUUGGCAAGGUGUUCCUCGCAGAGCUGAAGAGCACAGACCAGUAUUUUGCUGUGAAAGCCCUGAAGAAGGAUGUGGUGCUGAUGGAUGAUGACGUUGAAUGUACGAUGGUGGAGAAGAGAGUCCUCUCCUUAGCUUGGGAGCACCCAUUCCUGACUCAUGUCUUCUGUACGUUCCAGACCAAGGAGAACCUCUUUUUUGUGAUGGAAUACCUCAAUGGAGGAGACCUCAUGUUCCAUAUCCAGAGUUGUCAUAAGUUCGACCUUCCCAGAGCAACGUUUUACGCUGCUGAAAUCAUAUGUGGGCUCCAGUUCCUCCAUUCAAAGGGCAUAAUAUACAGAGACUUGAAGCUAGACAACGUCCUCUUGGACAAUGAGGGGCACAUCAAAAUUGCUGACUUUGGGAUGUGCAAGGAAAACAUGUUUGGAGAUGCAAAGACAAGCACUUUCUGUGGGACUCCUGACUAUAUUGCUCCUGAGAUAUUGCUGGGGCAGAAGUACAACACCUCUGUUGACUGGUGGUCCUUUGGUGUCCUCCUGUAUGAGAUGCUUAUUGGCCAAUCGCCUUUCCAUGGCCAAGACGAAGAGGAGCUUUUCCAGUCUAUCCGUAUGGAUAACCCGUUCUACCCUCGCUGGCUUGACAAGGAUGCAAAGGACAUUUUGGUGAAGCUUUUUGUGAGAGAACCUGAAAGAAGACUGGGAGCAAGAGGGAACAUCCGCCAGCAUGCCUUUUUCAGAGAAAUAAACUGGGAGGCUUUAGAAGAAAGAAGGAUGGAGCCUCCUUUCAAACCGAGGGUGAAAUCUCCGAGUGACUGUAGCAACUUCGACAAGGAAUUUCUAAAUGAAAAACCUAGACUGUCCUGUGCCGACAGAGCACUGAUUAACAGCAUGGACCAAAAUAUGUUCAGCAACUUUUCUUUCGUGAACCCUAAAAUGGAGAAAAUAUUUUCCUGAGGUCUGCCUUACUGAAGGAAUUCUCUGUAAUGGUUUGAGUAACACUUUGCCAACUGAAGACUGUGUAUGGUUAUUGUUAUCAAGAACCCUCCAGAAAAACACCUUGAUGAAAGUUUGUACCGUGCCUCUGGUUUCUAUGUAAGAAAAAACACAAGUAUAUUUGAGCUUCUGGUGACGUUAGUGCCCAUUUCUGCAAUUCUCACCUAGCCCACCUCCUUCUGAAGGACAAGUGGUUUGCUCAAGGCCUGGGGACAUCUGGGAAGACUUCAGGCUGGAUGCUUAGGUGACCUCCACUCGUUCAUGUGCAGAAUUGCGCAUGUGUGCUCAGGAGUUUUGAAGAAGCAAUUUAACUCCCUACACACUUUAAAAAUAAUGUUCACAGGAGGUAGGAUUCAAUUUUGGAACUGGGACAAAGAGACUUUGCAGGUGCCCAUUCCAGCGUUCGUACAUCUCAAACACAGGCACUGGAGCUAAGGACUCAAACCCGAAGGAGGAUUGUUGCCACGGUGUCAAGAUCAAUACAGAAAACCAGUGGUUUACACUUAGCACUUGAGCAGGAAGGAUGGGAAGUUGCAGACCAGCAGAAAGCCUCAAGAACCCCUGUUCUAAAGCUUUAACUGUCCUCGCACACGCAUCCUAAAACUGCAUGAGAAAGGUGGAAGAGGUUUACUCCAGCCAUUGUUUAAGCAUCAUAAAACUGGCCUUCCAGUCACAGCAUUGUCAUAUUUUACUUGAAAGGUUGUAAUCAGUCCUUGCAAAGGCUGAUAUACUUUCUUUGGCAUGCAUGGUGGACAUAGGUCAACAUGCUGCACCCAACAGUCACAGGGCAGGACAGCACAUCAGGUGAGGUCUCCUUCACCUCGUGACAUUUUGCUGUGUGUUCUAUCCCUUUGCAGUCUGUGGAAAUGUAGAUGGGUUAAAAAAAAGUCUUUUCUGUGAUCCUUUCGUGGUGAGAUCAUUUUAAAUAAAGAUGCACUGUUUUCUGAGGUUGGAGAGAAGUACAACCUCCUGGUUACUGCUUGUUACUGAGAUACAACCUCCUGGUUACUGCUUGUCACUGAGAUGCCAGUUAAAUGCUGGCUCAAAAUUAAGUCAAAGCCCAAAUAGGGGAUUCUGGAAUAGCUUAGACUUAGGCAGUCACCCAAGUUGGUGUUAGGCUCUAACUGAAGUGUAUACAUUUGGAGCUUCAUUGCAUCAACCCCUCCAGUCCCCAGAGAAAAGAAGCUCUAGAGGGUGAGUCAUCCCAAAAUUAGAUUGCCUUCAGAGGUGCCUUUCUGGCUCUGCUGGACCAGGUUGUCAACUGGGACCUCCCAACAGAACGAGCGCAGCCUUGCAUGCAGUGCUGGGAUAACGCUGGCCGUUACUGCAGGCACCGAAUCCUGCAGGACCAAGAGCAGAAGUGCUAAUGUCGAUGAGAAAAGCGGAGCGCCCUGAAAAAGUUUUCAGUCCAGUGACUCUCAUGAAAUCCUUGUUUGUGCUGUAUGAAACGCAGGGGGCAUCUGUGCUCACAGUUUGUGCAGCUGCUCAUCAUGUUUAAUUGGAGUGGUUAGCAUGAAUUUUUUUAAAUGCCAGUGCUGUUUGUACAGUUUAAUAAAAUGUUGUGUACAAUGGGAAAAUGGGCAUUGAAGUGAUUAAAUGGGGGCAAAGAACAGAGGUGCUUAGAAAAAGCCAUUAAAAUGGCUUUGCGCUUUCUAGGGGAUGUUCCCCAUGUGAAUUUCAACCCAUAAAUACACAGGAUCAGCAAGCAUUUGCACAACUAACUACUCCACAGACCAGUAUCUAAAGAAAAGGAU